AUGGAGAAGGCAAUCGCCAAUAUCCAGUAUGUUCCGCGAGGCUUUGAAGCACUUAUGUUUGCCAUGUACAGUACGGCCGUGUUAACGCUGACGGAGGACGACUGCAAAGCUAUGCUGGGAGAAGGCCGCACGGCAUUACUUGCACGCCACGUGGCCGGCACCAAGGCGGCCCUAUGCCGCGCAAAGUUCAUGAGCAGCACCAGCAUUGUUGUGCUGCAAGCGCUCGUGCUUCACAUCCUUUCGAUCCGGGACCUCUACGAACCUCGCGCCGUCUGGAGCCUCACAGGUGUUGCCAUGCGUAUCGCUGAAGGCAUGGGUAUGCGAGUGGACGGGACCUUCUUGGGCCUCUCCCCGUUUGAGACGGAAAUUCGCCGACGCAUCUGGUGGCAGCUCAACAUGCAUGACUUUCGCGCUGCAGAGCUCACGGGGCAAGCCAAGUUUCGAUACUUCGGGCUUGAUGAAACUACACCAAAGCAGCCAGCCAAUGUCGAAGACAAAGACCUGUACCCGUCCAUGCGGCAAGCCCCUCCCAACUCGACCAAGGUGACGGAUAUGAUCUGGUGCAUGUUUAGAUCCGAGCUGGCUACUUUCGCCAACACCCAAAUGACGAAACUGCAGAAAGCAGGUAAACCUGGGUUCACCUCGGAGGACUACACCGCCAUCGACAACCUGAAAACAAAGGACGACUUCAUCAAUGAGCUUGAAGACCUCAUCGAGACCAAGUAUCUCCGAUUCUGUGAUCCAUCCCAGCCGCUACAGCUGAUGAGCCUCGUCGGAGGGCGGAGUUCCAUGAACCUGAUCCGUUUCAUCGCACACCACCCACGCCGAUGGGCGAAACUAAAGGAAGUCCCCGACUCCGAGCGGCAAUUCGUCUGGGACAUUGUGAUUUCAUUGCUGGAACAAUACAAUAUGAUGCAGUCGAGCCCCCAGCUUCGACGUUUCUCGUGGAACGUCCCGUAUUUUAUCCAGUGGCAGGCCGUGAUCCACGUCCUCGAUUCACUUCGCGCGAACCCAAUGCACAAGGACGCAGGGAAGGCAUGGCAAAUCAUCGACACCAUUUACCAGAACAAUCUAGAGAUGCUGUUGAGGACCGACAGGCCGAUCUUCGUGGCCGUCGGCAAUCUCUGUCUGAAGGCCUUCAAUAUGCGGAUCGGUGUCGGCGGUCCACCAAGGGGACAGAGCAGCUGCAGCAACCAGCUUCCCGUCACGCCAGAGUACAUCACCAAGCUUCGAGGCCAACGGGACGCGGCCAGGACGAGGCGAGAAGCAGCCAUCGCAGCCCGAACCGGGCGCGAGAGACAGGUGAUUCUCGACAGCGUCCAAAGAUUGAGCACCACAGACGCAGAGGAUCCACCACAUCUACGUCCAAUAUACCAGAAUCCCACACCGGCCGUAGCGGCGCCGGCAGGAACGGGAGCACAACAGCCUUCUUCAACGGCAAAUCCGAACUCUGUUCUGGCGGUCGCCGCGAAUACACGCACUGGAGAUGACAUUUUCUGGUUGGGCGACACUCUGGGCGAUGAUUAUCUCACUGCCGGGACCGCCGACAUGAUGGAGCUUGACACGGAUACGAUGCUGGCUCAUGACUACUGGGUUGAUGCUCCCAACGGUGAGGUCAUUGAUUGGGUUCAAUGGGAUGGAUGGUUCGGGUCUCUCAGUCCUGCGAGAGGCGGAGCUCCUGCAUGA